AUGCAUCGUACGGGUACGACCAACGACGACCGUCCUCGUCACACAGGCCUUCUCGUGGGGUUCAAUCACGCGCGCCGAGGCCUAUCCCCCGCUCCCGUUUCGGCAGAUUCCGACUGUGAUCGACCGAGCGACACGGAGCCUGCGGCGCGUCCGUCGCUUUUCUCUCAGCCUCGCCCGCGCUCUGCACCAAGUGCAGACUCUGUGGACCUGAGUGGUCCGUUUGACACAGACUUCAGCCGUCGUUCCUCUCGGGGAGAUGUCCCUCGGCGAUGGUCUUCUCGCCAGAACGAGCGUGGACGGUCCCGGCGGGGCGACGCGAGCGAGGACGACGCAGGGUUCGCGGUCUCGGUGCGUACUCGGGUGAAUGCCGACGGCCAACGAGAAGCCCAGGUCGCCCUCCACCGAGAGAGCAAACGGAGUAGCGCAGCCUCUUACGCGAGUGAAGACGAAGCCGGAGAAAACUGCGCCGAGGCGGCUGAGCAGCAACUCCAGGCGCUCGACGCGCUUCUAGGCAACCUUGCGCGGGCUGUCGACGAAGUCGCGGAGGUCAAGAGGAAAGGCGCAGAUGCACUCAAAAAACACCAAGUCCAAGUCCAAAGAAUUCAACAGGAGAUCGACACAAACCUAUCGGCACUGGACUUGGAACUUCGCUGCAUUGCAGCGUCUUUGAAGCCGGCGUACCGAUCGUCUUUGCUGGCGCAAAGGCAACAGAAGCAACAACAGGCAGCCUCGCUCGGACGCGCGUACGAGAAUGCGCUUCUUUCUCUCACGACUGAAGAACUCCUCGCCUACGGAGCAGCUGCCGAUGAAGACGGCCAAGAGGUGUUAAGUGGCGAGCGCAUGAGGCAGAUGCUUGUUCAGACGGGCGAUGAAAUUCAAGAUAAAACGCAACACCUGGUAGGAGAGAUGGAAGAAAUGGGCGCCCAGAUGCUUACGAAAAUGGACGAACAGACCGAACAGCUUCAGAGGGCCAACGAGGAUUUAGACGACACACAUUACAACGUCGAUCGCGCGAAAAAAACGGCCAUUACGCUCGCCAAAAAUGCUGCGGGAGAUCGAUUUGUUCAGUGCCUGUGUCUGUUCAUUUUCCUCUUCCUUGUCAUCGCCAUUGUGCUCGUUUGCGUUCCACGGUAA